AGCAGUCAUCGUACGAUCCAAUGCCAUGUGACGCCACUUCCCCGGGAUAGGAGGCGUUGUCCCACGGUUCUGCUGCUCAGCCGUCACUUCUAUGCAGAAACCGGCUAUCCUGCAAAGGGACAUACACUAGACAAAGCCUAUACAUACAAUCGAACGGUGCAGGUAUAUUUGUGUCUUCGUUCGUGCUAUUAUUAGGGGUUGCUUGUCCAGGAUAUAGGCUACGUUGAAAUAUCAUAUAUAAUAUAAUCGUAGUCUUUUCGUGCACAAAAUGAUCAAGAACGGACAUCACCCAAUGAACACAACAGGGAAAGAUGCAGGGACGAACGUCGGCGCUACAGCUUGCAGUCCGGAGAAGAGAAGACGAACCAUCCGGGUGUGGUGUGACGGGUGCUAUGACAUGGUCCAUUAUGGUCACUCCAACCAGCUGCGGCAGGCCAAGGCCAUGGGAGAUUACCUCAUCGUUGGAGUACACACAGACGGUGAGAUCUCACAGCACAAGGGUCCCCCGGUCUUCACCCAGGAUGAACGAUACAAGAUGGUGAGAGCCAUCAAGUGGGUGGAUGAGAUAGUGGAGGGAGCGCCCUACGUCACCACGCUGGAGACCCUGGACAAGUACACCAGUGACUUCUGUGUGCACGGAGAUGACAUCACACUAACAGUGGAUGGGAAGGACACAUACGAAGAGGUGAAGAGGUCAGGGAGGUACAGGGAGUGCAAGCGAACCCAGGGAGUUUCUACCACAGACCUGGUCGGUCGCAUGCUACUGAUGACCAAAGCCCACCACAGCAACAUAGGACAUUCAGACUAUCAACAGCACACAGACAACUUUGGCAAGGUGUUGCAGGGUCCUAAGGGCCACAGUCCGUGGACGGGGGUGUCCCAGUUCCUCCAGACGUCCCAGAAGAUUAUCCAGUUUGCCUCAGGACAGGAGCCUCAGCCUGGGGACACCAUCAUCUAUGUGGCUGGAGCCUUCGACCUCUUCCAUAUUGGCCAUGUGGACUUCCUGGAGGCGGUUUCCAGGCUUUCAGACAAGCCAUAUGUUAUAGUGGGGUUACACUUUGACCAGGAGGUGAAUCGCUACAAAGGGAAGAAUUACCCCAUUAUGAACGUCCAUGAGAGAACACUCAGUGUGCUGGCCUGUCGGUAUGUCUCUGAGGUGGUGAUUGGUGCGCCUUAUGCAGUCACGAGAGAGUUACUAGACCACUUCAAGGUGGACCUUGUGUGUCAUGGGAAGACAGAGGUGCAUCCUGACAAAGAUGGGUCGGACCCCUAUGCUGAGCCCAGGAAGAAAGGAAUACUGCACACUGUGGACAGUAUGAACAGCCUCACCACUGAUAGUAUUGUUCAGAGGAUCAUCAAAAACAGGCUGCUGUUCGAGGCCAGGAACCAGAAGAAAGAGGCCAAAGAGAUGGCUGUGAUCCAGGCCAUGAAGAGAAGAGAGGAGGAGAAGGGCAAGGAGAGGGCCCAGGCUGUGCUCUAGGACAACAGGCCCGAAGGAGCACUCCCACCACAAGGAACCAUUGACCACCCUUAGGGUCAAUCUGAGACGGACUAAACCUAAUACAUCUAACCCCCACCACCAAUGCAGCGCAGUCAAUCCACCUCAUCUGGGUUCCAACUCCCAACCAACACCCUCCAGGUCACACAGUUUCCUUACCGACAGCCAGACAGCGAGCCUUUGUUAUCAACAUGCAGUAUUCUUACAAUGGGAGUUCUGUUGUAGGUUCCACAUGGUAACAUGUUAGGUGAGGCUGUUUUCUUUGUCUUAAUAUCUGUAUGCAUUUACAUGUUCUUUAUUUCUUAUGGUUUGACAAACCACCUUAACAGUAUAGACCUCUUACUGUCUCCCUUUCUCACGAGUUAGAACCAGACAAGGAACCAGAAGGGCCAACAUAGUCACUGAGUUAUAACCAGACAAGGAUCCAGAAGUCCCAACAUGGUUACUGAGUUAUAACAAGACAAGGAACCAGAAGGCCCAACAUAGUCACUGAGUUAUAACCAGACAAGGAACCAGAAGACCCAACAUAGUCACUGAGUUAUAACCAGACAAGGAACCAGAAGGCCCAACAUAGUCACUGAGUUAUAACCAGACAAGGAACCAGAAGGCCCAACAUAGUCACUGAGUUAUAACCAGACAGGGAACCAGAAGGCCCAACAUAGUCACUGAGUUAUAACCAGACAAGGAACCAGAAGGCCCAACAUAGUCACUGAGUUAUAACCAGACAAGGAACCAGAAGGCCCAACAUAGUGACUGAGUUAUAACCAGACAAGGAACCAGAAGUCACUGGGUUAUAGCCAGCCAGACAGGGAACCAGAAGUCCCAGCCUAGUCUUGUGGAACCAGACAGGUGUGUCUCUAAACAAAUCUGGCUGUGCAAGUUAAAGCCAGACUAAUAUUUGUUUUCUAAAUAAUUAUCAUAACACAAGUUAUUUUUCUUGGGGUUGAUUGAGCUUUAUUUAAACAGGAGAAUUAUGAAUGAUUCAUUUCUGGGAGAAAUAGUGUGGUUAGGUUGAAGUCUGUCGGCCGAGGCUUGGGCUUGUUGCUUUGGAGACCCAUCAAACCACCUCUGCUGCUCCUCGCACAGCGAUUGUUGAACAACCAACACAUUGGAUGCAUCCAAAAUGGCACCGUUUUUCCUAUAUAGUGUUUAACAGGGACCUGAUGGUCAACAGUAAUGCAUUAAAUAGGGAAUAGGAAGUCAUUUCAGAUGCAGCCGUUGUCAUUCUCCAAGGGACUGUUGCUGCUGUCAUCGUGGCAAUAGGCUGAUCCCCUCACAACUUACAGUCCUAUCUUAUCUAUCUCUGUAUAUAUGUACUGUAUGUAUUUAUUAUAAAUUAAUAUUAACCAGGAGAACUCUCUGGAAGAUGUUGAAACCACUAGAGGUGUUCAGGGGUGGGUUUGAAAAUGUACCAUCUCUGUGAGAGCCUAUUGGUCGAUUUUACCUUGGGAAAAGCUGAGGUCAUUAAUGAUUCAAGCUUUCUAUCAGAGACUACCCUCAGAUUUCUAUCAGAGACUACCCUCAGCUUUCUAUCAGAGACUACCCUCAGCUUUCUAUCAGAGACUACCCUCAGCUUUCUAUCAGAGACUACCCUCAGCUUUCUAUCAGAGACUACCCUCAGCUUUCGGACAG